UCUGGACUGUCCAUAAUAUUAAAGGGUGCCUCAGGAGUAUCCAUAAAUCUAAAGGGUGCUUCGGGACUGUUCAUAAUUUUAAAGGGUGCCUCGGGACUGUCCAUAAUUUUUAAGGGUGCCUCGGGACUGUCCAUAAUUUUAAAGGGUGCCUCGAGACUGUCCACAAUUUUAAAGGGUGCCUCGGGACUGUCAAUAAUUUUAAAGGGUGCUUUGGAACUGUCCGUAAUUUUAAAGGGUGCCUCGGGACUGUCCAUAAUUUUAAAGGGGUGCCUCAGGACUGUCCACAAUUUUAAAGGGUGCCUCGGGACUGUCCAUAAUUUUAAAGGGUGCCUCGAGACUGUCCACAAUUUUACAGGGUGCCUCGGGACUGUCCAUAAUUUUAAAGGGUGCCUCAGGACUGUCCAUAAAUCUAAAGGGUGCCUCAGGACUGUCCAUAAAUCUAAAGGGUGCCUCAGGACUGUCCAUAAAUCUAAAGGGUGCCUCAGGACUGUCCAUAAAUCUAAAGGGUGCCUCGGGACUGUCCACAAUUUUAAAGGGUGCCUCAGGACUGUCCAUCAUUUUAAAGGGUGCCUCAGGACGGUCCAU